AGCCCAAGCAUAUGACCCAGCCCCGUUUCUAAGGUUUUCUCACACUAAAGUUUCUCUCACUCUCGCCGCCCCAAUCCGCGUCUCGCUCGCACCUCGCGGAGUUGCUUGCCCUUGGGUCUCACCGUUCACCAUUCCCGCCGCCUUACCCUCUCGUCAGUUCGUGAUGAGCAGUUAGACUGUCUAUUGCUGCAUUUGGAAUAGAAGUGGCUGGUUGUUCUUAAGCCAUGGCUCUGUCGAUUUCGAUUAGGCUAUUACGAUCUAUUGGGUCUUCAUCUGCAUUUUCCUGCUGCCAUUCGAGAGUUAUUGGCCCGUCAAUUUGCACAACUGAUGAUUUGUACAACCAUGUUUCUGGGGAUAGCUUACUUUCUAAACAGCCUUCAGCCAUUGUCAAGGGUGGGUUAUCUUUACUUUCUUAUCGGAAGUUUUCAACUUCUAUCCUGACCCCUGAAUCCAGUGAAGGUGCAUUUCCCUCUGAUUUGUUGUCCGCUAAGCCUGUGCUGGAAUCAGACCGAAAGAUAGGACUUUAUCAGGACCUUGUAAUUCCUGUGACAAAUUUUCAUAAUGAAGACAAGGGCUUCAUGGUUUUAGAUGGUGAAGUCUUUGAUGUACCUGUCAGGAAGGACAUUAUUCAUCGAGUUGUACUAUGGCAACUUGCAAAACGACAACAGGGAACACAUUCAACAAAAACUAUUAGUGAGGUCAGUGGAACUGGAAGAAAGCCAUGGAGACAGAAGGGUACUGGUCGUGCAAGGCAUGGAACAUUGCGUGGCCCCCAGUUUCGGGGAGGUGCUAUAAUGCAUGGGCCUAAGCCACGAAGUCAUGCUAUUAAGUUGAACAAGAAGGUACGAAGGCUAGGGCUGAAGAUUGCUCUCACUGCCCGUGCUGCAGAGGGAAAGCUUCUGGUUUUUGAGAACUUGGAGGUCCCCACGCAUAAAACCAAGAAUAUUGUGAACUAUGUUCAGCAAAUGGAGAACGCCAAGAAAUUUCUGCUGGUGGAUGGUGAUGUUAUAAGUGAAAAGUUGAAAUUGGCUACUCAAAAUCUGCAUUAUGUGAACGUGCUGCCCUCAGUUGGUCUCAAUGUCUACAGCAUCUUGCAACACGACACACUCGUAAUGUCUCGUGAUGCAAUCAACAGAAUUGUAGAGCGGAUGCACACUCCAAUUAACCGUUGAUGGCAUUGUAAUGUUCUCUACUCUACUCUAGUUUUAGUAUUUUUGUUUUCUUUACGUUCACAGGAAGAAAGAAAUCCCCAAAAAUAAUGAGGCUUUUUAAAAUUAUGCGAACACAGUUCAGCAUGUCAAUUUUCCUUGCAAAGAAUUUUGUAAUUCAUUGUCGAUGAGGGAGGUUUAUGACACAUGAUUGACCCAAGGAACCUAAGGAGGUUUGAAUGGGAAGUUGAUUUCUCAAGUUCUGAUAGGUUGGUGAUUAGACAGCUUUGGUGCAAUCUUUGCUCAUACGUGCAGUGGUCUUUUGUUGGCAACUGUGUUUGCAAUAAUACAAUGAUCCAGGAGGGGUAGCUCAAAUGUCAGGCAUGUGGGUUGCUUCCACAAGGCCUCAUGCCUGAGGUUUGAGUUCCUUUUGGGUUCUUACAUAGCAAUUGCUACAGUUUUCUGGUCCUCAAGCAAUAAUACACAUAAAAAAAAAUAAGUCACAGGUUUGUUGGCAAAAGUUUUAAUGUUUCAAUUUUGUUAUAAAAAUAUUUUUAACGGUGAUAAAAUCUUGUGUUGUUGUUAUAGUGGGGUAGUAAGUUACUAAUGCUUAAUCUCUGAUAUGUUUGCGAUAUGAUGAUUGGUAGACGCAUUAGUUUGUAAAAGAAAAACGGAACAUUAAAUGUUCAUUAGAAUAGUAUGACCAGUUUCUACUUCAAAUUUGCUGAA